UGUACCGGAAGUCCAACCUCCAUUCAUUUGUUCAAAACAACCUUCAUGCAAAAUAUUAGAGCCUGAAUUGUUCACUCAAAAACAACUCUUUAGGUGAAGAUGUGACAGUUAUCUAUUGUGUCUUCUGAGAGAGAGAGCACUUGGUAGCUAGGUAUGCUAGCUAGGUCUGUGACAGCUUUGACAUGGCGGACACUGUUCCAGCCAUUGGAGAGGACUCUUUACUCCACAUUAGUCCCUGUAACAGCACGAUGGCAGAAAUGGGAGAAAUGUCCUGGUUGUAGGUUCAAGUGCUGUCCACAAAAUGUGCUGUCCUGCAGCAGCUCAACACACAAACUUAACACAAACUGUAAGAGCAAUCACACCAUCACAUUUAGUGAUGCCUGGGCGUAUGGACUGCAGAAAGGAACCUUGGACAGACUUGUUUUUACCCCAAAACAUGGCAUGAAUCACACAACAUGGAAUAAACAUAGAACAUUUCAAUCCGCCACUGGAACCACCAAAUCUGUGCUGAAGCAAGCAGGUAUGCCUGGCAAAAAGACAUUAAAGGGACCAAGGACGAAACAGCCAUCCAGAGCCAAUCUGCCUGCACCAGAAGAGGAUAUGAUGCAAUGUGUUGCCUAUGCGACUGCUGAACAGUACCACCUACCUACUCUGUGCCACGACCUAAGAGCUAAUGGUUUUUUUGAAAUAAUGGACUUACCCAGAGAUGCAUCUAAUGUUCUGGCGAUUGGAACAGAAAUAGCAUCAAAACCAGAUGAUACUGCUAUGAUGUUUUUCUUCAGGGAAGGUUCAGUGGUUUUCUGGAAUGUUGAUGACAAAACUAUAAAGAAAGUGAUGCGGAUAUUGGAGCAACAUGAGAUUCAGCCCUAUGAGGUAGCUCUGGUCCACUGGGAGAAUGAAGAGAUUAAUUACUCUAUAGAAGAGGGAAGUACAAAGCUCCACCGGGGAAACUUCAUAUUUAAUAGCGACAUGGACUAUGAGCAAGUCCUUCUGGAGAAAUUUGCAUUUUCUAAUGCCCUGUCUCUAUCAGUUAAGCUGGCGAUAUGGGAGAUCUCUCUGGACAACUUUGUUGAAUCUAUUCAGCCAAUUCCAGAGACCCUAAAGUCUGGCAAGUCAGUCAAAUUGUCCAGGGCAGAGGUCUUGCAGAAAAUAGGAGAACUGUUUGCUUUAAGGCACUGCAUUAACCUCAGUUCAGAUCUUCUCAUCACUCCCGAUUUCUACUGGGACAGAGAGGACCUGGAGCAACUGUAUGACAAGACAUGUCAGUUUCUCAGUAUCAACCGCAGGGUGAAGGUUGUGAAUGAAAAGCUGCAGCACUGCACUGAACUGACAGAUCUGAUGAGGAAUCAUCUUAGUGAAAAGCACAGUCUCCGACUGGAGUGGAUGAUUGUGAUCCUGAUCACUAUCGAGGUGAUGUUUGAACUGGCCCGUGUGGUGUUCUGAAGAGACAGAAGUCUAAGAGGAGGACCUGACUGCCACAGUGAAAUCAUCCACCAAUGCUCUCAAAAGUUUCAGUGUGCAUACAAAUUACUGCAUCUUUUUGAACCUCUAAUUAGUAGACUGUUGACAGAUGAUUGUACCGUAUUGUGCUGGAAGUUUUAAUUAGAUCAAUAAAUUUUAAUGCACAAA